CUAGUCAAACACGUUUUUGUGUUUUAUAAGAAUCAGAAACUCUAAAAUAAACACAGUAAACGCAGGAGUCACAAGUAAAUUUGAGUCAUUUAUAUUACAAGGAUUCUCACAAACAUUUGCAUGAGGCAAAGAAUACGCAACAAUGACAGAACAUGACCGCAUAUGCGGCAGCCGAUGUCUGGGUCCAAUGACCUUCCAUGCAGAAAUGACAGGCAAAUAUGUGACCAUCAGCCAAGGAGGUCGACUUGCAUCCAGAGACGCCUCGUCCUUCAUGGACGGUUUGGUUUUUCUAAGCCGCGCCAUCAAGGUCAACGAGAAGAUGUGUAUACAAAUCGAGAGUUGCUCAUCGAGGUGGGACGGGGCUCUCCGUAUAGGAUUCACCAACAUCAUGCCAAACAAACGCAGUAUACCCCCUUCCUCUAUCCCAGAACUAAGUGAUACGCCUGGCUAUUGUGUUCUGCCAGUGCCUGUGGACUUGUGCGUGCACAGUGCAGAGAUUCACUUCUGGAUGAACUAUGCUGGCAUGGUUCUCGUUGAAGGGAUAACAAGAGAGAGAUAUUACAUCAAAGCAAAGGGACUUAACCUGAACAAAUCACUUUGGGUUUUCUUUGAUCUGUACGGGAAAACAAGCACCGUUCGUCUUUUGGGCUCGAGAAGAGGCAGUAGGACAUCGUGCCCAGACAUUGCAUCUGGCAUCAACAGGCUUGAUAGUGAGAAUCAAGUUUCGGACAGUGUUUUAAAUGAGGUGUUGUCGAAAUUCAGUUUUUCAUUGAAGACCACACACACAUUAUCUUCAGUCAUUAAUAGAAAUGCUUCAUCACCGUUGGGCUCUGCUCCAUCUGUUCCUUCUCAACGCAGACAGCGACUGACUUCAUCCACUAGUUAUAUGUCUUGCCGUAACUCUUCAAUUGAGGACAUUGAUGUUGAAUCUCUGCUUAGAGAGUUUCAGCAAAACCAUCUUUCCGCCAGUGAGCAUGUCUCAGUAUUGGUCAACCGAAACAGGUUGUUGCAGAGUGCUAAAAAUGCUGUUUCUAACUGCAAUUUCUCCUGGACCAAACUCCCUUUUGUGAAAUUUGUGGGUGAGGAGGCUCUUGACUGUGGAGGUCCGAAGAGGGAGUUUCUCAGACUUCUAAUGAUGGAGGUGCAAAGUUCUCUGGGUAUCUUCGAGGGGAAACCUGGACAUUUGUUCUUCACCUAUGACCAGAUGGCCUUAGAGCAGCAUAAGUAUGAGUUAGCUGGGAAGCUGAUCGCGUGGUCUUUGGCUCACGGUGGACCCGGGUUCAAGGCUCUUGACCCCUGUCUCUACCAGCUGAUGUGCAUUCAGGAAUGUCCACUGACAGACUUCAACUGGCACCUCAUACCAGAUGCUGACAUCCAGAACAAAAUGCAAAAGAUUUUGUCAUGUAAAAGAACAACAGAUCUCCGUAGGCUGCAGAGAGAUGAGGGAGACUGGAUUUGUGAGUGUGGUGUUCCAGGGAUUUACAUCAUUCGAGAUAUACCACAGAUUUACUCCUACGUCAUUCGGCACUACAUAUAUCUUAGAACCUCAAAAAUGAUUAAUCAGUUCACAGAGGGACUGAACGCUUAUGGACAGUUCUGGGAUCUGGUAAAAUCUUACUGGGCUGAGUUCCUGCCCAUUUUUACCAACACGCACGAGCCCAUAUCAAGAAGCUCCUUCAGAGCCCUGUUCAAAAUCCACUGGAGUAAAGCAAUGAAGAGGGAGCCCGAGGAGAAGACUAUUCAUUACUGGGAAUUGGUCCUUAAGAUGAUUGAAGACAAAAAAACAGACUUACGCUUUGAGGAACUUUUUGCUUUCAUAACUGGAGCAGAUCAAGUCCCGCCACUGGGGCUUCCCCAAAAGCCCAGCAUUCACUUUUACCAGCCAGAGAAGCGUGGAUGUCGUUUACCGUAUGCAAACACAUGCAUGAUGGGACUUUUUCUUCCCAGAGGUGUAAAAAGUGAAGCAGAACUUCACCGAAUGCUCUUAAGAGCAAUCAGAGACUCUGCUGAUUUUGGGAGAACAUGAAAGUAUAUGCAAUAAAUAUCUUUGUUCAAAAUAUCAUUUAUUCAUGAUUUUAUGCAUCAUUAAGCUUUAUAAGCUUGUUUAUCGUUUCGGCUUGUAUAUGUUACAGUUUAUGUAUUUUAUUAUACAAAAGUAAAAGUACACAAGUCUUAACCUUGCAUUGCAAUUGAAAACGGUUUCACUUUCAUACUUUGACAAAAAGAAAGCACCAAGAACUUUCAUUCAGUCAGAUAUAAUAUAUGAUGGUUAAAUAAAGUAUAUAUUUAAAACCUAAA